GUUUAUCAUAACCUCAAAUCCAUCAAAUUUUGUUGAAAAUAUAUUUAAAAAAAAGGAAAAAUUGUGUUUUUUUUUUAAAUAAAAAAAAAAAGAAGUAAAUAGUUGUAAUAAUGGCGUCAUCGCGAGAAAGACGUUCAAAUGCUGGGAGUAAAAUGUCAAAACUCCUCAAUGAGGAGGAAGAAGAUGAUUUCUAUAAAACAACUUAUGGAGGUUUCGAGGAAACUGAACAGGACAAUGAUUACUUAGUCGAAGACGAAGGUGAAGACGAAGUCGAUUCAGAUUUUAGUAUUGAUGAAAAUGAUGAACCAGUUUCGGAUCACGAGCAAGAGGAUCCAAAACGAAAACGAAGAUUAGUAACGAAAGCAUAUAAAGAGCCAAAAAAUGUAACAACACAAUUGCAAUCAACGCCAAAGGAAAAAAAGCCAAAAGCACCAAAACACGAUCGUAUAUCAAUUGAUAGUACUGAGAGAAAAUCAAUUCGUCGUUCAACAUUGGCAAAAUCGGCAGCAACACAAAAAAGAAUACGCGAACGUAAUGAAGAUCAAAGGAAAAAAGUGAAAAUUGUUAAAAAUGACACGUGGAAGCCAACGCAAGAGGAAUUAUUGGAAGAGGCAUUAAUUACCGAGAAAGCAAAUUUAAAAUCACUUGAAAAAUAUCAAAAAUUGGAGAAUGAAAAGAAAAAUACAAGGGCAGUGCGAAAGACAAAUUUAACGCCAAUGAUUCGUUAUCAAUCGUUUUCAAUGCCAAUUAUUGUUCUCUCAGAAACAGAAACUGAAACUUGCGAAAAAGAAGAUGAAAAAAUAAAUGUUGAGGGUGAUGAUGAGAAAAUAAUUGAGGAAAAAUUGAUUGUAAAAACGACAAAUGAAAAGGAAUUGGCGCCAAAUUCAAAGGAAACAUUGCAAAUUAAAACAAAUGGUUCAUAUGAAAGGACAUUUAUUACAUUUGAAAAUGAACAAUUAUUUAAUGAGGCUUUUAAGAAAACUCCAGCGCCAAGGCCAACAUUAAAAUCUUUAUGCGCAAUCACAAGACUGCCAGCAAAAUAUAUGGAUCCAAUGACAAAUUUACCAUUUAGAAAUGUACAAACAUUUCGUUUAUUGCGCGAUGUUUAUUAUCAACAAUUGGAAGCGCGUUCCGAUAUUAAUGAUUCAAAUAUAAAUCCAAAUUUAUUACGUUGGCUUGAAUGGAGACAAAAGAAUAAUAAUAGUUCGCAGAGAAAUCUCAUUCGUUUGGAAUCAGCAUCGGCGCCAAUUGCAUCUUCAUAGCUGCUACUUUUUCUCAAGGUUCAAGAUGAUGUCUAAUUUUUUAUAGACAGUAUCCUUUUUCAAAUUUGAUGACAAUUUUUCUUUUUUUUCUGUACAUUCAUUAAUCUUGUUAAUAUAUACAUAAAAAAAAAGUUACAUUUUAUAUUUCUUGUAAAAAAAUCUAUUCAAAACUUGUAAAUGUACAGAAUAUUAAAAAAGAAAUGAAAUAUUUCUUUUGAAUACGAAGCAGUAAAAUUUAAAAGGCGACAAUUUACUUUACAUUUCUGAUAAAAUAAUAUUUAAAUAAUUAAACAAUAAAUAAAAUAAAUAAAUAAAG